UCGAAUUAUUCUCAUACUGUUAUAUUAAGUGUUACUUUUACAUUCGCCUGUUAUAUGUUUACUAUAAGUCGAUUUCAGUUUUUUCCUAUUAUCUGUAUGCCGUAUUUUUCGUAGACUCGUAGUUCAUUGAAUAUUGAGUUCAUAAUUAAAUUAUUGAACUAGUAAGUAAUGCUAUAUUAUUUCUUAUUUGCAUUCCCUGAUGUCUCCUAGACUUAGAUGUGAAUACUUUAGACAUAAUUGUAACAUCAGCUUCUAUCAACUCUUGUUUGUAUUCAUAUACACAAUAUGAACAUAUAAUGCAUAUUUUAACUAUGGACUCAAUUCAUAAGCCAACAACCAAUUUAAAAAUUAAAGAAAAAAAUACAUUUAUUUGUAGAUAAAGUCAACUUAAAAUGUCUUCUAAUAGUCCUCCAGAGGAUUAUCAAAAGCCUGUAAAAGUUAAAUCUCGAUGGACACAAUCUUGUCAGAUAGAAAUGAUGAUGGAAGGGUCACAGUCUUCAUUAGAUAUGUCUGAUACUAUUACAGAUGUUUCAACAAGUGAUUUAAAUGAUAGUACUGAUUAUAGUUCUGAAUUUAAUCCUUCAGAAUUAAGAAAAUCUCAUAAGAAUACCAGUAAUAGAAGAAAUUGUAGACAAUCAAAUCAGAGUAAAAAAAAAAUCUCUUACAAACAUUUUAAUGUAAAAGAACAAAGAAGAAGGCAAUUAUCUAAUACAGCUGUUGUUAAUCAGGAAGACAAUAUUAAAUAUAAUAUAUCACAAGAAUCUAAUAUGAUUAGAAGUCAUACUUCCGUGAAUUGGGAUAAUAUUUCAAAGAGUGUUAACAAUAUAACUGAAAUUGAUAAAUUACCAUCAAAACCUAUUCGUCGAGCCUCUGUACCUUGGAAGUUUAAGUUCUCAUUUACAAACAAUGUAAAAGAUGAUAUUAAGUUACUUGAAAAAGACGAUUAUUUCAAUCUUUCUAAUGCUAUUAGGUAUUUACAUUUAAAUGAGAUGCUAUUAAGCAAAGAUAAUAAAUUAGCUCAAAAAGAAAAUACAACAGAUAUAAAUAUUUCCCCAAAAUCAUAUUGUUUAAAUGUCUGUGAUUUAAAUUGUAGGGAUUUUGAUGGCUUAAGUAAUAAAAUAUUAAAUAUUACAAAAGAAAAUGAAAAUUCUACAGAAAAUUUAAAUAAGCUUAAACAGUCUGAUGAGUUGAAUUUAGGUGUAAAACAACACAAUGAAAAAGAUCAAAAUAUAAAUUUGGAAAUAUCUAAAAUUUGUUUAUCUGAAUCAGAAAAUUUUAGGUGUAAUCCUGUUUGUAAGCGCAGAGAAAUUCGUUCCAGAAGUUGUGAUUUUGUAUUGAAAAAACCUUAUUAUUCAUUUAAACGUUGUAAAAGUUUUGAUGACUUGUAUCAAUUAAAAAAUUCUAUGAUCGCUUCUAAGUUACAAAAACCUGAAAAAAAAUCUCCAAAAAAAAAAAGACGACAGUCCAAAAGAAUUAAACCUAAAAAUAAUUAUGCAGAGAUACUUGAUGAUUUGAAAGGAUCAGAAGUUAAUUUUAAUCAGGUAGCUGAAGAAAUUUACAAAGAACACAAAAAUCAAUUAAUUGAAGCAAGAAUCAAUGAUGCAGAAUUUGAUGAAAAAUUAAGAGCCACCAAUUUUACAUUAGUUGAUGAAAAUGUAUACAGACCUAAUAGACUGACUUUAAAAUUGUAUUCACCUUCUGAAAUUUCUAUGCUACGUAAGCUGAAACAACGAGUAAUAUCUGGAGACAUAAACGAUUAUUGUGAAUGUACAUUAUCUAAAGAAGAUAUAAUCGAAGGAAAUACGGGAUGUGAUGAUAGAUGUCUCAAUCGACUACUCAAAGUUGAAUGUGGUUCGAGUUGUUCUCUUAAAAGAUUUUGUACUAAUAAACAAUUUCAGAAUAAACAAUUCAAGAAAACUAAUAUUAUUAAAACUGCCAAUAAAGGUUAUGGGAUUUGUGCUGUUGAAGAUAUUCCUAAAGGUGUUUUAAUUAGUGAAUAUGUUGGUGAAGUUAUUGAUUAUAAUGAAAUGUGUAAUCGUCUAACAAAAAAAGAGUAUAAAAAUUUAAAUUAUAUGGUUCAAUUAAAUCCAGAUGAAAUUAUUGAUUCUACUUCAAAAGGAAAUGUGACUAGGUUUAUUAACCAUAGCUGUGAUCCAAAUUCAGUUGGUGAAAAGUGGCAUGUAUUGGGCCAAUCUCGUAUUGGUUUCUUUAGCACUCGGCCUAUUAGAAAAGGUGAAGAAAUUACGUUUGAUUAUAGUUUUCAAGUUUUUGGUGAUGGUGCUCAAAUUUGUUAUUGUGGUUCAUCAAAAUGUCGUGGAUACAUCAAUAAAUCAUCUCAAAUUGUUGACCAUAAUAGUUCUGAGGAUAGUGAAAGUGCUAAUGACAAUACCUCUAUAUCAAAACUUGAAGAAAAAAAAAAUUUAGAAAAGAGGACUGCUAAUAAUGAUGAAAACAAAUUAAGAGAGUUGAGGAGACAAUUAACAGAUAUUGCCAAAUUAAAAACUGGAUUAAAAGCUGAUCAAGAAAUGGCAACAUUGAAUUUGAAUAGACUUAUGGUACAUAUUACAGACAGUGUCAGUCGUUUACAUGUUUUAACAUUUAUACAAGAACAUGAUAUGAACAAAAGGUUAUUUAUGGAUUUCAGUGGACUUAGUAUUAUUCAUAAUUGGAUGACAUCAAAUGAAAACGAAUCAUUUAAAUUAAUGAUUUUGGAAAUCUUAGCUGAAUUACCAAUUACAAACAGAAAUACAAUUACUAAAUCAAAAGUAUUAGAUGUUGUUGCUGAAUGGGCUGAAAUUCCACAAGAUAUUAAGACUAAAAUUGAAAGUUUAGAGUAUCCUGCUACAGAAAUUAAAAAUCAUUGUCAAGAAAUUGAUAGAUUUUUGCCAAAUGAUAAUGAAAUGAUAAAUAGUCUGGUGAAAAAAUCUAGAGCUUUGUGGAAAAAGUGGAUUGUAUUGAAAAUGGUGUUUAGAAUUCCUAAAAAAAUAGAUCAGCAUAAACGAAUAACAGAAAUAAAUUCAAGUAAAGUUAUUGAUGAUUGUUAUCAAUCUUCAUUAAACAUAACGACUUUUAAUCGGAAUACGUUUAGACAUUCAAAAAAAUAUAUAAAAAAAGUACGAAAUCAACGAACAAUAUUUUUAGAUCGUACACAAUUAAGAAAAGAAAAUCGAUUUAAAGUGGAUCAAGAACGUCAAAAAAUGUUUAAGAAAAAAGUGAUGGAUGAUUGGUACGAAAAAAAUGAAAGAGUAGUAAAUAAAAACCUUGAUGAAAAUUAUUUACAGCAUUCUCAGAUAUUAAAUUUCCAUAAUUGCAAUAAUUUAACAUUUAACAAUAACAAUGGAAUUAGUGAACAGACAAGAUGGGAUUUUUCAUCACAAGCUACACAUAUAGAUCAAAAUUCAAUAAUCAAUUAUAAUGUAACAAAUUCUAGUUUGAAUUAUAUACCACCACAAGCAUUACAACAAUCAUUAAUUCAGUUUCCUCAGUAUUCGUAUGUACAGUCUCAAGCUUUGUCUAAUUAUCAUCUAGUUAAUCAACCAAUAUUUUCCAAUACUCAUCCACCACAGACAUCUAGUCAACCAUCAAUAAAACAACUACAAAAUAUCACUUUAUUAAACAAUAAGCCUGUUCAUCAAAAUAUUGAAUCACCUAAUAUGUCUCCAACAAAAAAUUUAAUUAAGUUAGCUGAAACUAAUGUCUUUAAUUUAAUCAAUGACAGUUUACGCAAGCAUUAUAAUCCUGAUAAAAAUAAAGUUGUUAAUUCAGAAAUAGAACAUUCCAAGAAACCUUGUAUUAGAGCUGUGCAAUCUGGUGCAGAUUUAUUGGCAAGAAUUAAAGUUAUUAGUAAUUCUUUUAAAAAUCAGCCAUCAAAAUUAAUUACUGUAAAAAAUUUAAAACAAAAAAAUAGUAAUACAAAAAUUGAAAAGAUACCCUCGUCUGAGAUAAAAUUGAAAACUAUUUGUGAUAAAAAUAAUAGAAUUGUUUUCAUCAACGAAGAAACUAAUAUGACUUCAAAAACAUUAAGUGAAGAUCUGGUGCCAAUUCCUGAGAAAAUUAAAAUAUCUAAAGAAAAUAAAUUUGCAAAUGCCAUAUUUAAUUCUUUAUUAAAAAAGGUAUUGGUACCCGAUUAUGAGAACUCUGUACCAAAAACAUUUGUUUCAAAAACUCUCGACUCAAAUAUAAUUACAUAUCAUGAAACUGACAAAGAAAUUGAAUUGUACAAUAAUAUGAAACCAAAAGUUUUAAAAAAAACAGUUGGUCACAUAAAAACUAAAAAUGGUUUUGCACCUGUUUUAAAACGACAAUGGGGAAUCAAACUGAAAGGUUUAAAAAGAAACCGUAAUGAAAUACCAGCUACAAAACGUAAUAUAAUGCGUAAAGGUAGUAUACAUCGUUCAGCGUUAAAAAAUUGUCUCGUCAAUAUAACAAAAUCAGCAUUAAAGAGACAAAGUAGUAUUAAUGUGGAUGAUUAUUUAAAAAGACCUAAAGAAAAAAGAGUUACAUUCUGGAUAGAAGGUGAGACAUCACCAAAUUUGUCACACUCAGAAGUAAGACCAAUUAACUUGAAUCAAAAUACUGUGAAACAAAAGCCUCUAAUGAAAUGUCAUCCAUUUGAAAUACGAAAUGAACCUAAAUCUAUUUUUCAGCCUUCUACAUCUGAUAUUCAAAAUGGUGAUAAUUUGCAAAUUCCUGGUCUUGAUUCAACUAAUGAUCAAAUUAUUCCACCUAUUGUUGCAAAAUUCAAAGCAUCAAGAAAUAGGCGCAUUCAUUUACGAGAUAAGUCUAUUGAAUUAGACCAAUUACGUAGUCAAAGAAAACAUAAAAUACCUAUAAGUAUGAUGUCUUUAUCUGUGGAUGUAUUAAAACUUAUCCCUGAUAAUAGAAAGGAAAUGAAGAAAGUAAUUGAUUACUAUCAUUCAAUGGCUACUGUUAUAGUAAAGACAUUAGGAUCAUAUGCUAAAAAGACCUGUCAACAAGGACGUAUAAGAAGUGAUGAAGAUUUUAAAUAUCUUGCUAAAAAAAUUAAUGAAAAUGUUUUGUUGAAAGAGUUACAAUUAAAAAAAGUGGACAAAUUAAAAAUAAGUGAUAGUACAAAAGAUAAAGUUGCCGAAUAUAUCAGAAAGUAUAUGUCACGGUUUGGAGAAGUUUAUAAAAGAAAACCUAACGAACAAAUUAAUCACAAAUCAAAAUAGGUAACAUG